CUGGUUCUACGGGGAGGGGUAUUAAGCCCAGACUCCGAGGGCUGAUUCUGACCAAAGGCAAGAGGUUGGGGAAGGGACCCAGCACAUGCAACCCCUGGGCCCUAGAGCCUGGUGGGCGGGGCGUGGGCGCCGGGAGGAGGAGCUACACCACCUCGCCAGCUGGCUGGAGGGAAGAAAGCUCAGGCCCAGACUCGCGGGCCCACAGAGUCCCCCGCUCCAGGACAUGUCUGCUUCCCUCUGGCUGACCACUCGCGUACCCCCAACUCUCUUCUCUCGGCUGCCAGGUGCCAUCCACAACUCACUUUGCACCUCAAGCUCUUUUGUAGCUAGCACCUGAGCUGAGGGUCCCCCUGGACAGGGCACCCUUUCCUCUGCGAUUCCUGGUCCCUGUAGGCCAGACCCACGCUGGGCGACUCCCAAAGGCCUGAGCCUACCCCAUCUCACCCCAGCGACACUCCAGCCCCGAAGCACUCCCACCAAUGGGCCUACCUUACUGCCAUCCUCCUCCUCCUCGGAUCAUUACCCGGCCUUUCACUUCCCCACCUGGCAGGAGGAAGUGUUGCCUGGCUCUCCCGCACACACUCCCAUGUACACCCCACGCUCUUGAUCCUUUCCCAUCUCAGGCUCUGACCUCUCCCUGGCUUCAGAGCACUGCCGCAACCGGCUGCCAUGGCCAGCGUGGCGGAACCUGGGGCUGGGGAAGCCCAGGAGGAGGAAGGAGAGGAAAAGGGGGGCUCUGCGGGGCCCCCGCGGGGAACAAUGAUGCUGGAGCAGGCGCAGGAGCUGUUCCUACUGUGUGACAAGGAGGCCAAGGGCUUUAUCACCCGGCACGACCUGCAGGGCCUGCAGAGCGACCUGCCCCUAACGCCCGAGCAGCUGGAGGCCGUCUUUGAGAGUUUGGACCAGGCCUGCACUGGCUUUCUCACACUUCGGGAGUUCUGCCUUGGCCUGGGCAAGUUUGUGGGCAUGGAGUUGGCCGAGGGCUCGCUGCCCAGGGCCGCGGAGGAGACCUUUGAGUCUGGCUGGCCAGACGCUCAGGGCCGCAGGAGCUCCCUGGAGGAGGAGGAAGAGGAGGUGGAGCGAUUCUGUACCACACUCGAGGAGCUGGGGGUGGCCCGGGUCCUGGGCGAGCAGCCGGCCGUACGAACACUCUGGACCCUGCUGCAGCGCGAGCGACCCGAGCUGCUGGGGUGCUUCGAGGACGUCCUGAUGAGCGCGUCGACCUGCCUGGAAGAGGCGGCCCGGGAGCGGGACGGCCUGGAGCAGGCGCUGCGGCGGCGGGAGAGCGAGCAUGAGAGGGAGGUGCGGUGCCUGUACGAGGAGAUGGAGCAGCAGCUCGUCGAGCAGCGCCAGCGCCUGCGGACUCAGAACCUCCCCCAGCAGGAGCAGAGAGGCUGCCUGGAGCAGGAGCUGCAGAGCCGCGAGCAGGAGCUGCAGCGUGCGGUCCUGCGGCAGCGAGAGCUAGAGCAGCAGCUGCAGACCCGGGCCGCGGAGCAGCUGGAGGCCCAGGCGCAGAACGCCCAGCUGUGGCUGGCCAACGAGGCGCUGCGAUCGCAGCUGGAGGGGGCGCAGGAACAGCUCCGCAGGCUGGAGGGCGACGCUCAGGGUCGCCAGGAGCAAAAGCAACGAGAUGUGGUCGCCGUCUCGAGGAACAUGCAGAAGGAGAAGCUCAGCCUUCUGCGGCAGCUGGAACUUCUCAGGGAGCUGAACACCCGGCUGCGCGACGAGAGGGACGCCUGUGAGACCAAGCAGCUGGGCAGUGGCCGGAGGAAGGCCCUGGCUGCAGCCCGCCUGCCCGGGCCUGCUGGCUGCUGCUGCUGCUCCUGCUGCGGCUGGGCUCGCCCUGCCCGCCGAGGCUCUGGCCACCUCUCUGGUGCCCGCUGACUGGUCCAAGUGACUCAUUGGGCGUUAAGUGCAGGGGCUGCCCUCGGUGGGAACUUGUCAUGGCUGGGGGGCUGCCCAUCCAGGAAGUGGGCUCCACCGGGUGUGCUGCCCUGCCUGCCUGCCACAGACAUGAAGGAACUAACCUGCAUGAUGUGUGCCCCUUUGCUGGUCUUCAACUUGUCCCCAUCCCAUCAACCCCAACAGAAACUCCCCUCCAUCCAAUAAAACCUGGUGACCCGCACCUCCUGCUUCUUGGCCUUCUGCGUGUCUGGGAGUCACAGCGUAUAUAUGGCAUGGGGGUGGCGUGUCUAUGCACAUGUGUGGCACACACGUGGCACGUGCCUGGUACAUGGAUUGCACGGGGUCAUACUGCAAACCCUGUCUGCCCCUUCAGUGACAGGGCUGAGAUCCUUGUUUGUGUCUGUGCAUGCCCUCUGCGUGUCCCUGGUCAAGCCCAAGUCCUCAUCACUCAUCAAAGCAGAAGCCCCUGGGACCCAGUGUGCGGACGAGGGGACUGAAGCCCAGCAGUGGCUCCCCACUGUCUCCAGAGGGGCUUCCUGCUGGCUCCCAGCCUCAGUCUGUCCACACAGCCUGGGGGGGUGCUGCUCAAUCCUCCCCGCUCCCAGGCUGGUAGUCUUGAGAGGAACCUCUUGGGGCCACCCUGGAGCUGCCCCCCCCCUUCUCCUACUGCCCUGCCUGCACCCAGCAGGGAGCUGGGGGUGGAGGAGUCCUGCCCACUGCCCACAGAGAGCAGCUCCAACGGAGGGCACAGACCCAGACCCGGCCUGGGGCUGUGGGGGGCUUUGCAGGUCAGAAGGCCCCUCCCCACUCCCACUCUCAACCUCCUUGUUCAGCUGGUCACCAGGCCCUGUGGUUUCUCCUCAGCCCCUGGCACCACCCCCAGGCCCCCAUGGCGUCCAGGCCGGGGUCUCUUGCAGGAACUCCUGAGGUGGCUCCUGGCCUCCCCGCCCCUUCCCCGCUGUCGCCACACUGUCCCCCAGGUAGCUCCUCUCCUGCAUCUAACGACAUCGCCGCCCCCAGUUCCCACUCGCCUAGGCCGGCGUCCUUCCGGAGGGAAAGGGGGCUGGGCCAUGGCCACAGCCCAUGGACACCACCUUCGGCCCUGGCCCCGCCUCCCUGCCCAGUUCCUCGGUCUCUGGAGGGGGUGGGGCCGUCGCUGGGCUCGGGGCGCCCCCGUGGCGUCCGCUAUCCCCGGCCCACCCGGGAACACCUG